CCCUCCAGAGCUGUUUCUUUGUUUUUAGCAGUUUUUAAUGAUUUUUCUGAAACAAACAGCUCGUGUUUGAAAACAAUGAAGUGCUUGUGAUGAACAGAAGUUCAGAGGAGACUCGUCACUUCGUUUGAAAAUGAUUUACCAGAUUCCAUGGAUCUACACCCCGGCCCGGACUGCCCUGGCCAUCUGGCACCAGCUGACCAAAACCCCGAUCCCGGAGCUGGCCAAUUGCUCUGUGCUGAUGAGGGAGCGCAGCAGAGUGGAGGAGACCAUCCACGCCAUCCAGCGAGCAGGUGCAGGCAGCCUGCAGGUCAUCGCAGACUUCGACAUGACGCUGACCAGAUUUGCUCACAACGGCAAGCGAGUGCCCACCACCCACAACAUCCUGGAUAGCCCAUUGUUGAUUAAUGAGGACUGCACUAGAAAGAUGAGGAAGCUUUUGAGCACCUACUAUCCCAUAGAGAUCGAUGCAAGUCUGAGUGUUGAAGAGAAGCUGCCUCUCAUGGUGGAGUGGUGGACCAAAGUUCAUGAGCUGCUGAUUCAGCAGAGGAUCAGAAAGGACAUGCUUGCACAGGCUGUGAAGGAAUCCAGUGCCAUGCUCAGGGACGGCUACAAGGUGUUUUUUGAGCGUCUGGCCGAGCAGCAGGUUCCUCUGUUGAUCUUCUCGGCCGGUGUUGGAGACGUCCUGGAGGAGGUGAUCCGACAGAACCACGUUUUCCAUCCCAACGUCCACGUCGUCUCUAACUACAUGGACUUUGACCAAACUGGCGUCCUUCAAGCCUUCAAAGGUCAACUCAUCCACACGUUCAACAAGAGGGAAGGUGCUCUGUCACACGCCGCCGGCCUCAGCGAGCUGCAGGGUCGACCCAACGUGCUGCUGCUGGGAGACUCGCUGGGAGACCUGACCAUGGCUGACGGGGUGGCCGAGCCCCAGAACGUCCUGACCAUCGGCUUCCUGAACGACCAGGUAGAAGAGAGGAAAGAGUCGUACGUCAACGCCUUUGACAUCGUGCUGGUGAAAGACGAGACGAUGGACGUUCCGAACGCCAUCCUCAGAAAUAUUACCUCAUGUAGAGACAAGUGAGACACACAGACGGACAUGUUCCCUCCAUUUACAGUGUUGCAAGCUGGACAAUCACACAUCGUGAUCAUCACUUACCUCAAUCGAGACCUCAAAACGGACCUCUUCACUUCGGUCUCUCCUGAAGUCGUUAAUGGUGCAAAUCAUGCACAGUCAGUACUGUUUCUAAUUUGUUACACUCACAUGUUUUAACUUUAAUCUGCUUGACCUACUUUUGUAGAAUUUUUGAUUCACUUCAGCCAAAUCAGAUUUACUCUCUUACAGCUGUUUACUUUCUUACUUUCUUUUACCACUGUGAACACCUGAUACUCCAGGCUAUCGUCACUUUACAUGCAGGGGAUUCUGGGAUGUGUGUAUUCAUUUCAAGUGUUUUUCAGCUGAAUUUGUGGCUGCUGCGUAGAAAAACUAAAUGUUGAACUAGCUGCACUUUACUAUGGGUGCAAUAAUUAGGAUUUAGAAGACAAUAUGGAGAUGGAGCAACUUGUAAGUUUGCUCCGCUCCAUUUUUAAGAUGCUUUUUUUAAUUCAAAACAAAUUGGUAUUUUCUCCCAGUAAAGAGCAAAGUUGCAGGAAAAUUCAAAUCCAGGAAUUGAAUGUAAUGCUGCUUCUCAAAACUAUUUUCCUUGGUGUAGAUGUUUCUUUAUUUCCUUAUCUUCUUAAAAACAAAACUGCACAUUAACAUGUGUGUUUUAUGCAGAGUUGCAGCAUUUGUCUUCACAUUGUCACCAGACACACUCCUGUGUGAUCACCCUGAUUGGAAUAAAUCAUGAAUACGCCACCUAUUGGUGAUAGAAAUACAACCAAAACUGAUUUAGCAGUUUCAUAAGACACUUUAUUUCAGAUUUGGAAGUAUGAUUUUUUUUACCAUCAGAACCAGUGAUAACAUCUGUCUAUACAAUCUUCUUUACAAAACCUGUAACUUACCCACAGUGCAACUGUAACUGCUUAUGGCUCCACCAGAGGUUUCAUGUGUCACACUGUAAUGCUCAAAGACCUGUGAACAAAUGGUUGUACUUCUCCUUUAGAUUUUACUCUGGAUCUUUCACCAAAAAAUCUUGGAAUAUUUUUUUUGAUGUGCAGCUUUUAAAGCUUUUUAAACCAUAUGUUGUCUAACCUCUGUGAUAAAUAAACAGCAAAUGUGAUUAUUUUAAGUUAACAGUCAAGAACAAAAUGUUGUUUUCUUACAUUUUAAUUCACGUGAAUUCAGGAAAAUUAAAAAGGUGCUUGUUCAGUUCUCUGGAAUACAACUCUCAAACAAAAACACUCAUACAACACAAAACUCUGCAAAAAGAUCACUUGCACUUUGUUCUUGUCAUUUCAAAAA